AUGGCCUCUAUUGACAGAGCCCUUACACCCGCUCAGGGAGAAUUAGUACUAUUGAUCGAGCCAUCGACAUCUAGCGGCGAGAGCUCAACCCAAUCAGUAUGCCGUGAUCUUCUAGAAACUGCUGCUAAAGCUGGCAGCUUUCCACACUGUGUUGUUUGCGGGUUCUCUGCCGAGGCCCCAUUUCUACGCUUCAAAAAAGCUCCUAGAGCCCCGGAAAUUCAACUAUACCGCGCAAAAUGUCUACGAAAAACGUGUAACAAAUUUUUUGGUCCCAGAUGGAUCCAGUCAGCGACGAAUGGGUAUUUAAUACAAUCUGCAGAUCCUUCUUUUGAAACCCAUGCCUACUUACAUGCCCCCAAUCGAGAAAUCCCCGCAGCGGAAUACGAGGAUAUGGUCAAAUUCGGACGACCUGGACGCCGAUCCAAAAUUGAAAACGAGGUCUCCGUCAGCCCUGUGCCAGUUGCGACUCAAAAUCCAUCGGAAGAUAUUGCACCACCCAAUGGCCCUUUGGAAGAAGAAGUUUCCAAUGCAACGAGUGUUCAUAUUGAAGAAAAGUCACCAUCACCCACAACGGAAUCGCUAGAGUCAGACCCAACUUCGAUAGAGCAACCCAGCUCAGAUAAUUCGAUGGCACCGAGGAAAGGAAAGAAAAAUGCUCGGGCUCAGCCGCCUCAGAAGCAGUGCGAGGAUUUCAGUUCUCAAACUGACCAGCUUGAAUUUGAUGUGCUCGAGGCUCGAUAUCAGCCGCUUUUGACGAAGGAACAGGUCGCUGCUGGAGCGAAUGUCGAUGUGACGAUCCGUCGGGUUCGGAUUGCAGCCAACCUCCUCGCUCGUGCCAAUGAAGAGAAGGAGAGGUUACAGAAACAAAAUGUCGAGAUGAAGGAAAAAUUGGUGACGAUGUUGGAGCAGCUUAGGAACCUCAAGGAAGUGCUUACCCUGAACGGCCGGUUGAUCAAAGAGGAGGUCGAUUAUUUGAGCCAGCAGCUCCGCACGUAUCAGAAUCAACUUAAAAUCGACGUUACGAUCGUUGAAGAACAUAUUCAGAAAGCUGAAGCCCGUAUUAAAGCGCGUAUUGAGGAGUCGAAGCACCUGCUAGAGCUUGAGAAAGCUAAAACCGCGCGGGCCAACGCCGGAUGCAGAUACCGUAAAGAAAACCUCUCCCAUGAGCGGCGCGCCGAUUUGGCCUCUGCUAUGAAGUUUGAACUGGCGGAGCAGUUGGGGAUUAGCAAAGCCAAAGCGACUGAACUGGAAAAGCUUGUCGACAAAAAACGCGACGUGAUCCACCAGUUGAAAGCUGAUAACAAGAAGGCGGCGGAUGAAAAGGCGAAGAUAGCCCAGAUGAACCAAAUGCUUGUCAAGCAGAUGGAAAAGUUGCGAUUCCAACUCGGCGCCUAUGAAGCGAAUAAUAAAGAUCUGCUGCACAAGCUGGUGAGAGCUGAGACCCCGUCAUCCAUGGCUACUCCGCCUUCGACUGAAAAAUCAGAGUCACCCACUGACAAGUUCGAGCUGGGAGGGAAAGUACUCUCAUUGGACAAGGUCAUCGUUUCUGUCAAGGACUCAUCACCUUCUACCCCGCUUCCUGUCUUCCCUGCGCUGACUACCGACGCUAUCGAGAUAGGAAACUCAGCCUUUUCGGGUUGGAUAGCGCGAAAGAAAGAGAAAGUGGAAAAAGAAGUGAUUGAGCCAUUGGCUGCGGAUAACCCGGAGGCAGCCGAAUCGGUACAGGAGCGUCGUUCGCAUGACAACCAUCGCAGUGCUCCGCCAGAAUUCAAUAAGGAACAGGCCGCGCAACCAACGAGUUCGACGCGCACGACUUCCGUUGAACCUGUGAACAAGCCGAGCGUUCCAUCGCGGGGCAAGCGUGAUGAUCAGGAAACUUCUUCGAAGCCUCGCGAGCCUCCUGCUUUCAAACCGCCACGACCCCGACCAUCUAAGCCGAAGGGCCAGCAAAAGCGCAACGGUCCAAUUCCGUGGUCCACAAACGUUCCACCCUCAAAGAAACCUCACACGCUACCUGCAACUACGUCGCAGGCAUGUCGAUCUAUCCAGAGAGCGGCGAGCCCACCGCGCCCCUCCAUGAUCCUGCCCGCACAGCCGCAUCCGUUUUCUGGCAAAAAUGGGAAUCCCCAAUUCUUCCCCAGCGUCCCAGCCUCGUCGACGUCGUCAUGGCGUGCCGCUCCGGCUCCGACGCCUCCGAGUUGGCGCACUACUCCAGCUCCACCGCCGUCCUUUGAGACGCCGUUGCCUUGGCAUAAAGCAGCCGCCGCACCUGCCCCUCAACCACAAAAUUUUACCGCGUUCCCAGCUGCACCGCCUCCGUCGAAGCCGCGCUCUUUCUGGGAA